AUGUCUGAUUCACCUUCAUCCUACAUCACCUCCAACUCCUCUUCUACACGCUUUUUAAGAGAUAAUGAGAUUUCACAAUAUUUAACCAAUGACAAAAUGUUUAUCUAUGAAUCUGGGUCAAAAGGCAAAAGUAUAAUAAUAAACGAGAAUUCAAAAUCAACUUUAAGAGGAAGUGAAGCUACGAGAGAAGUAGAUAUAAAAGAAGAGAAAGAGGAGGAAUGUUGCCAAGAAAUCAUUAACGUUGUGAGAUGA